AUGCUCUUAGGCUCUUUGCUUCCUCAACAAAAUCUUACAUUAGCAGCGUCCUGGCCUGGGUUAUUUGUUGAUAAACAGGGGGUGUACUGGGAUGUGCCUUUAUCACUGUCAGCUGAUCUUGCUUCAGUCGGCUCCAGUUCUGGAUUGAGUUAUCAUCUAUUGUUACAACAGAAUAGCGGGGAGCCAAAAUGUUUUGGUGGUGAUGAAACCAAUGAUGUUCCUCUCGCUCUGCUACCUGGUUUGUGUGCUAAGGCAGCUAUUUCCAUCAAGAGAAGUAUUGAUGCUUGGAGGAAGAAAGAAGACAAGCUAAAAAUGGUUCAGCCUUAUGAUGCAUUUCUCUCAGACCCUCAUGUUUCAUUCACUGGAAUUGUUGGUGCAGUAGCCAGUGGUUCUUUGGGGGAUUGUUCAAAAAGAAUUUCAGUGCCAGACGAAACGCGAAAAAGCAAUGCCUUCAGAGUGUUCCACGAGAGGAAUAAGUUUGCUGCAUUUGCAGAUCUCUUUGCUUCUGUUACUUUUACAGCUCAACAUGGAAAUUUCCAGAGGCUUUUCCUGGAUUUGACAAGGGUCAGUGCCCGAUUAGAUAUAUCCUCGGGAUCUUUGUUCUUACGUGGUGCUUCUCGUCUAGCGCAAGAUUUUUUCUUCUCUAGACGCCCUGAUUUAGAGACAUUCUGUGAUGUUUGUCCAGAUGUGAUUGUUUCUCUUCAACAACAGGUGAAUCAUAUUUUCCUUUCAUUUCACUUUGUGCUCUGUUACCUAGAACUAGAAGGUCAUUCUGUAUGCAGACUGUCACGCCACAAAGCAUGA